GGGCUUAUGGCUGCGGGCUCGAGGACGCGCAGGUUAGAAAACAGGAGCGUGCGAAUCAUAAGCAGUUUUAUGAAGCGUGCGUGAAGACUCCGACAACUUCUCUUUGAGGAGAUCUCAUUUUUGAAAGGUUUUCUGUUUAUCAAGAGAGAGAACUAACCAGGAGUUAAAGUAAAGAACUUGGUGUAUUGGCUCAACUUAACCCGAGGCCGUUUUCAGCAACGCUCACAUUUCUUAAACCUGUCCAGACAACUCUAGCAUGCUCUCUCCAUUCCAGCUCUCUCGGAGAUGUAGAAGGGGACGGGGAGAGCCAAGAAACAUGAAGACCUGACGAGUCGGUCAUUGAAAUGACCUGAGAAUGUGAGGCAAACUGUUGAGAUGGCGUCCAACCUUUCCAGCUCUGCUCUGCCCUCCUGCACCUACAACGAGGACUUCAAGCGCUAUCUCCUCCCAUGCGUCUACAGUCUGGUCUUCAUCUUCGGCCUGCCGCUCAACUUCAUCAUCAUUCUGCGCAUCUGGAGCUGUCGGCGCGCGCUCACGCGCACUAAGAUCUACAUGCUGAACCUGGCGGUGGCGGACUUUCUGUACGUCUGCUCGCUCCCGCUCCUCGUCUACAACUACGCCAGCAGAGACUACUGGCCUUUUGGCGACCUCGCCUGCCGCAUGGUUCGCUUUCAGUUCUACAGCAACCUGCACGGCAGCAUCUUCUUUCUCACCUGCAUCAGUGUCCAGCGUUACCUGGGAAUCUGCCACCCGAUGACUCCGUGGCCCAAAAGAGGCGGGCGCAGGCUCGCCUGGAUCAUUUGCGCGUGCGUCUGGGGGUCCGUGGUGGUGCUCUGCGCUCCUACGUUCGAGUUCGCCGCGACGGGCGUCCAGCGCAACCGCACCGUGUGCUACGACCUGAGCGUCCCCGAGCGCGCUCCGGAAUAUUUCCCGUACGGCAUCGCCUUGACCUGCGUGGGCUUCGUCUUGCCGUUCCUGGUCAUCCUGGUGCUCUACUGUAAAAUGGCGAAGGUUCUUUGCCGGCCCGGCGAGGCUCGAGGACACUCCCGCGUGGAGAAAAAGACUAAAGCCGUUAGGAUGAUAAUCAUCGUGAUGUUGGUGUUUGCCAUCAGCUUUUUGCCGUUCCACGUGACCAAAACGCUCUACCUGUUGGUGCGGACGUUUCCCACGGCGUCCUGUGAACUGAGGAACUUACUGUCGGUGGUCUACAAAAGCACCAGACCCUUUGCCAGUAUGAACAGUGUACUGGAUCCUAUUUUGUUUUACUUCACCCAGCCCAAGUACAGACGCAGUACACGCACUUUACUGCUCAAGAUCACUUCACUGAAAGACCAAUUUUCAAGAUGAUUGGUUGGUCUUCUGGAUUUAGAAUUAUGAUAUAAAAAAAACACAGUAUACGUGCUGUGCUUGAAUAUUACACUAACACACCAUGAAGGUUUUGUUGGCUAUGAAGUGAUGUAUCCUAUGAAGACUUCAUUAUGACUUAUGGUCUUUAUCGCAUCGUGUUUGACGGCUUAAUCCCGCAUGUGACUUGAUGUCUUGCAUACAUGUAAUUUUAUUAGUGACACAUGUUGAGUGUCUGAUUCAGAGAAAUGUAAAGCUUGUGUCUGUGCGAUUGAUCUGUUCAUCUAUUUAAAUGUGUAAACUUCAUUACAGUUGAAAUAUUUUACAUUUAAGCUUAACAACGAUCAAAACUACACGAGCUGUUUAAAAAAAAGUUAGGUGUACAAAUGGCUUUGAUAAACGUGUGUCUAUUAAUCAGGAUAAGAGCUAACACCGGGCUUCUAGUACUGUGAAUGUAUAUAUGUCUCUUUAAUUUGUCCAGUAUCAUGUUUGUGUCAUUUUGUUUAGCUUUAAAUAAAUGAACUUUGCUCUGUUUCUGAAGGUUGGAGUUCGGUUCAGUCCUACAAAUGCAGUUUCUGUAUAUCAAGUUCAAUAAACUGUGUCUGUCACUAGAUGGCGCACUCUGCCCAUUUUUUAUGAAACGCUGUAAAUAUUUCAUGGAAAAUUUUGGUAAAAGCCAAAUAUACGUAUAACAUAUAUACGGCAAAACUUUAUAAUGAAGAAAACAUGUACGUCUGUACCAAAGCAUUAUGUACACAACAUACUGGCAAAUAAAUGUGUGUUAGUUACUCUGCAAAGAAAGUAAAGAAAAUGUCUUCACAAUUAAUGUCUGUGUAAAUAUUAAUAUUCCGUUUUCACAUUUGUAUAGUGCUUUUCACAAUGUGUAUUAUUCCAAAGCAACCUUACAGAGAAUGUAUAUGUUUCCAUCAUGUGAAGCAAACAUAAUCAAAUCAAAGUUUGUCCUAAGUGUGUUUUAAAUAGUGAAAGACGUUUCGUUAUUUUAUUAAAUGUGAAAUCAUAAUUCAAUUGUGUUUUUUUUCUCUAGAGUAGUUAUUUGUCAAAACAAUAAACUAAUACUAAUCUUU